UUUUUUUUUUUGUGUGAAUGAAGUAACAAAUCUAGUCAAAUUUAGAUAAGCCCAUAUUAUUUUUAUUUUAUUUUUGUAACAAUAGUUAUGCGCAAACAGUCUAUAAGAAAGGUCAUACAUAAUACUGAUGUAAAAAUAGUAGGUGUAUAAAACAGCGGACGCGCCCGAACAUUGACAUAUACCGCCAAACACGCUAGUCCCAGUCGUAUACCGCGGAAAAGCAAAAAAAAAAAAAUGUCGUUCAAAGGGAUUUCGGUCAUCCUGGCGUCAGUGGCGAUCGUCUCUAAUAAGGUCCAUUGCACGCCCACCUGUGGCGUUCCAGCGACGUACGCGGUCGGGCCCACGACACCGUUUUCGACGAAUUUGCCCGUCCCGAGUGCGCGCUCUACGCUCAAUACUGAACUGUUGGACGUCCUAAAAAACUUCCACUCGUCGUUACCUGGCGUGGGUCAGAAAACGCCGGUCGCGGAAACCGGUGCGACUUCAUCGCCUUUGGCAAGCGAUCAGAUUUCGGUUAUGCAUUUCCCCGCGGCGCUCGGGUCCACCGACGGCGCAACACCCAAUCUGAUGGUCCCGGGUGUGAUCCACAAACGACCGUUCGGCCCCGACAUGCGAAUCCCCGAACUCGGCUACAACCUGCAGAAGGCCGAACCGUCGAUGCAGUCGCAAGGACCCGCCGGAAAUCAUCUUCCGGUUUCCGUUCCGCCGCCGAUCGCCGAAACCGGACCUCCGUCUGCUCCUGCAGCGCCCGCAACAGACCAACUACAAUCGUCGUCCGUCGCCAUUCCACAAUCGUCGUCGUCGUCCCGUUCCCCCGACCCGGCCCUAGUGAAAAUAGAACCCGUCAGUCACAAUAAUUUCAACCAAGAACUGAUAAAACUGUUGACCGAUUUGCGGAUCAGUCCCGUUUCACUGCAAGAACCGCUGGCGGCCCAGGGUCAAAACCAAAUGCUCGCCAACGGUCAUCCGACCACUCGUCCGGCACAAACUCUCCCAAUCCUCUCUCCCGGCGCGUCGUCCUCCAAAGUCGCGCAACCGUUUCUCGGCCCGAACCAGACGCCGUUAGACUAUUUAUUGAGUUCGUCGCACCAAUUGAACUCCAUACCCUCUAAGUCGAGUACCGAUACAAACACGUGGCCGACGGCUAAACCACCACCGACCGCUAAACCACGUCUAAACUAUGAAUUUAUAAAAUAUUUACUGACUUUACCUAUGUAUCAACAAGCUUUAUACGAUUUAAUUAAAGCUCAGUCUUCAGUUCCAACGUGAAUCUUUAAUUAAAACGUAUACCUAAUAUACGAAUGAGUAUAACAUAAAUUAUUAGAUUUAUAAUAUUAUUUAAUCGUUGUGACAUUGUCUUGUUAAUUUAUUUAAUGGUCAAUUAUAGCCCAGCUCUUUGGCUACCGUUUACGUCUUAUGUUAUCUGUUUUAUUUUUAGCUAUUUUAUAAUUUGUUUUCUCAUAGUCUAUUUAAUUAUUAUUAACUUAUACCUAAUUUUGUCAAUUGCCGUUUAUAUUUAUAAAUAAAUAUUAAAUAAAUGUAAUAGACAAUACUGUUGAAACAAAAAUCAUUUACCUUCUAUUAUACGGUAAAUUAGUGAAAUAAAAUGUACCUAGGUAGUAGGUACAGUGCUCGAAUUGGGAGGUGCACAGGGGGGCGGAGCUUCCCUACUAUUUUUAUUUUUUUUUUGCGUACCCCUACUAUUUUCGUAUGGUCUGUGUUAAAUAAUUGCACCCUUGGAACGCAGUUUUUAAAUCGUUAGAUUGAGCCCCUCUACUUAAUUUUUCCCAAUUCGAGCACUGCCUAGGUAUAUUAAUUGUGCCUGGAGUUCAUCCGCAUGGUCGAGACGAUUCUGUCGACCAAAGAAGAAGAUGAACGCGAAGAAGAGGCCUUGCGAAGGGCACAACGGUUGUGAGAACGAGACAUCCAGAGCGGCGGACUCCGGUCGGCUCGCUAACUGGAGGCAGGUACGCGAAUUCAAGGGCGGCGAACUCCGGUCGGCCCGAGAAGGUCAGGAAGAGGUCCAGUAAAACUUAAAAUGCAUUAAAAUUCAGUUUACCACUGUUAAUGUAAAAUUUUGAAAAUGCUUGAACGGGGUGAGUCGGGGAGCUGUCCCGUCUGCCCCCCACGUAUGUAUUAAUAUUUGAUACCGUCAAUAAACGAUGGCGGCGC